AUGUUGGAUGAUGGCUUAAAUUUGCUUGGGAAUGAUGAUGCUAGAUCUAACCGAUCAAAGCGGUCACGUGCAUCAUCGAAGCUCUACGAUGAUUUCCUGCUCAAUGGAUUUGGUACUAGAACUCGACACCGUUCAGGAAGUGCGAGCGAGGUUGGAAGGAGAAGCAGGUUGAUAUCUGGAGUAUCGGACGUGUUUGACGAGCUGCUGUUCAGUGGAGAGUUAAAUUUACAACAAGCAGCUGAGCAACUUUUGCACACAUUAGACGAGCUCCCAUCCGAAAGUAGCGAGGGACGACCAGGUACGCCGGAAGCUCCAGCCCCUCUUCCUGGCCCCGCUCUUUUCUGCACAGCUUGUGGAUGUGAGUGCAAGCUCAACGAUGGGAAAUGGAGGUAUCAUCAACGAUUCCGUUUGUUCUUGUGUUCCACUACUACACACUUCUAUUACAGGUGCACUUCGAAGUUCUGCAGGAAGAUAAAUGAACCCACUAGCAGUCCGGAGCAAAAGCAGAUAUGCCCACUGUCCACGAAUACAUCGACCGCGGCUUCUUCAGUAGCAGCGGUCAAGAACGAGCAAAAACCUUUUGUAAGAGAGCACAAGACUGAAAGGAAACUCGAGAAUCAUGCGAUUGUGAAGAAUGAAGGAGAGUACUCGAAGACUCGACAGGGCAAGGUAAAGACGCGAUCUGAUGAAGUCCCGGUAAAAGAAGAAGAUGAGGAAGUGCACAUGCAGCCGUCAUCAUCAAAUGCAAAACUGACGUUCAAUCAUAGAGGACGGCAGGUUACUCCUCCACCGAAGAAGAGGUCCAAAAAAGAAAAAUCAGCAGAGAACAGUGGCUUCACAGCAUCAAAGGAGUCUAAGGGCAAGACAAGAGCCCUGACUCCACCGCGCGAUUUGUCGCUGUUUUCGCCAUCUUCCGAUCAAAAGCCCAGUACUGCAAAUACUGCGCAGAAUAAUGCUGAACAAAAGCGGCACAUUCGUGGUACCGGACGACCAAGGCAAUACAAAGUUGAAAAGACGCCUGUGAUGGGACCAAAUGGUCAGCGGCAGUGUACAUUCUGUAGCGGGCAGGUCAGGCCGCAAAUGUGUGGGAGCAAUAAACACAGAUGGCGUUGUGUGGACAAGAAAUGUCGAAAAUGGUACGGUUGGGUGAAGAGUCAUGAAGAAAUACCAAGAGAUUUGGGCAAGAAAGGUAGAUGGAAUCUCGCUGCACGUACGAAAAAGCCAGUAUCGUCGUCAUCUCGUAAGAAUAAAGAAGAAGAAGAUACAGGACCAGCGUCCUUGUCUUCACAGGCAGAAGCAGCAUUAGCCGCCGCUGAAAUUCAGUCGAUGCGAAGCGAUUGCACCAAUGAUCUGACGCUGGUUGUAGAGCAUAACGUGCAGGAAGUCAAGAAAAAGCUUGGACGUCCGCCAAAGGAACACGGUUUGAAGAUCCGGUUGAAAGGUGUAAAGGAUAAAAAAGAGGACACCCGUCAAAAACGGAAAUACGUUCGGCGGCGUGAUAAAAUUGCCGGCGCAACUGCCAACAACAUUCUACACAAUCGCGCACCAGAAGAACCAAAACCCGUGCCAAUACCUCUCACUGAAGCUGAAAAAAACUACGAGCCCUGUGCUAUUGAAAAACGAGUGCGCUGGUGGUUGAGUGAGAAAAGGCGCGUAGAUGCUAGUCCUGAAAGGACAUUCGAAACAAAGGCGAUCGACUCGUGUGCUGCCUUUCGCAUGCUCUCACAUGCAUUCAGAGCUACAGCUGUGACACGAGCUGAUGAAGCUCAAUCAGUGAAUGGGUCUCUCGACAUCCUUAUGGACUCGCUUAUGGGUUCGCUAGGUCCUCUCCUUACAGUUGCCUCUGCAGCCUUCGAAAGCCUGAUUCCCGAUGAACUUGCUCAAAAGUUGUGGAACGCAUCAGCGGUGCAUCUUCCAACGUUUCAAUAG